AAGCGACAGAGGAGGAGGAGGAGGAGGAGGAACCAGGAGGAGAGACAGCAGCGCUGCAGCGAGCGCUCCUCCUGCCUUUCUGCGACGGCUGUUUCUUACUCCACUUUUCCCUGCGAGCCGGCUGCUUCGCUCCUCGUCGGUCCUGGAGGGGCUUUUCAUGGGGGGGCUUUUCAUGGGGGGGCAUCGGUGAGGAGCCACCGAUCCGCCGCGGGCAGGCCGUCUCGUCUCAUUCGCUGAUUGGGGAUCGAUGUCCGUCCGCCGAAGCCCUGACGGCGACCGCAGCGGCCAGCAGUGAUUUUCAUGCUGAUGUGGAAGUGACAGGAUGAGGUGCUUCAGGAAACGCUCCGUGUUCCCCUUCCUCGGCUUCCUCAUCGUCUUCCUCCUCUUCUUCAACCUGUACAUGGACGAUGGAUUCGUGCUGGAGGCUGAAAAACGACAGCUGGGAGACGCGCUGAUGCAUCCGUCCGUCCACACAUUCACAGAUCUGUCCAAUUUCUCCGGGACCAUAAACGUGACGUAUCGCUACCUCGCGGGGAUUCCUGUGCCACGUAAAAAGUACCUCACCAUCGGCCUGUCGUCGGUCAAGAGAAAAAGAGGGAACUACCUCCUGGAGACCAUCAAGUCCAUCUUCGAUCAGUCCAGCUACGAGGAGCUCAAAGAGAUCGUGGUCGUGGUCCACCUGGCCGACUUUGACCUGGUCUGGUGUGAGAACCUGGUGCAGGAAAUCACCAGGAAGUUUGCUCACCACAUCAUAGCCGGACGCCUCCUGGUGAUCCAGGCCCCGGAGGAGUUCUACCCGUCUCUGGACGGGCUGAAGAGGAACUACAACGACCCGGAGGACCGCGUCCGCUUCCGCUCCAAGCAGAACGCCGACUACGCCUUCCUGCUCAACUUCUGCACCAACCUCUCCCACUUCUACGUGAUGCUGGAGGACGACGUGCGCUGCUCCAGGAACUUCCUGACGGCGCUGAAGAAGGUGAUCACCUCCAGGGAAGGCUCCUACUGGGUGAUGCUGGAGUUCUCCAAGCUGGGCUACAUCGGGAAGCUGUACCACUCCAGGGACCUGCCCCGCCUGGCCCACUUCCUGCUCAUGUUCUACCAGGAGAUGCCCUGCGACUGGCUCCUCAUCCACUUCCGGGGUCUGCUGGCCCAGAAGGACGUGAUGCGCUUCAAGCCCUCGCUGUUCCAGCACAUGGGCUACUACUCCUCCUACAAAGGGGCCGAGAACAAGCUGAAGGACGACGACUUCGAGGAGGACGCCGUGGACAUUCCCGACAACCCCCCCGCCAGCACGUACACCAACAUCAACGUCUUCGAGAACUACGACGCCACCAAGGCCUACAGCACCGUGGACGAGUACUUCUGGGGGAAGCCCCCCUCCACCGGAGACUUCUUCCUCAUCAUCUUCAACAAGUCGACCAAAAUCAGCAGAAUCAAGAUAGUGACGGGCACGGAGGAGCGCCAGAGCGACGUCCUCCACCACGGGGCGCUGGAGGUGGGGCAGAAGGCCGCCGACACCAAGCAGGGGAGGCAGUGCGCCUCCUACAUCACGCUGGGGGAGUUCAAGGCCGGGAGCAUCGAGGUGGACGACGUGGACCGCAAGAUCGGCUUCGACAUUGAGUGCGUGCGCGUGGUGGUCACUGCCGGCCAGAGGGAGUGGCUCAUCAUCAGGACGGUGAGCUUAUGGACCGCGCAGCCCGCCGGUCAGUUCAGGAAGUGACGGAGCAGCUUUUUAAAACCGGCGUUACUUUUGGAAGACUUCUGGGAAGUUAAUGGGAUUCAAGCGAUCCAUGUUUUCUUGGGUUGUUUUCAACGUGAAUGUGUGUUAAAAUGACAGUAGGCUUCAUACGUAUUUUCUUUCCCCUGAAUAUCUCGAUAAAAUAGUUCCUACAUGGCU